AUGACAGCGUCGCAACCACACGAUCAUUGUUUCGAGAAUCGUUCGUCACCAUCAUCAAGGCAUCUUAUUCAACUGGACGAAAGCAAGGAGGAAGAGGAGGAGCAAGGGGAUAAGGAGCUGGAGCAAACCAGUAGUACCACUCAGCAACAACAGCAACCCAUGACGCCAGUGUCGCAACCACAACGAGAUCACCGUCGCUGUCAUCGUCGCCCAUGGUUUCACUCUGUUAUUCGAAUGGUACUUCUCCUGGCAUGGAUAUCAUUCGCCGUUCUCCCAGUUGUUGAUGCCGGUAGCGAGGACGAUAUCUUUGAGGACCUGCCGCUCAUGGACAACAUCCCUCCAUCCCACCCUACCUUACAUACUAUUAAACCUCCUCCUAAACUACCUUCAGCACCGCUCCAAUCGCCAGCCAAUGUCACCCAAUCAAUGUCUCCUCAGAACCCAUUCGUCGAUCUGGACCACGUCGCCGGUGACGACUCCCCCUACGACCCGCCAUAUCAGAUCCCAGGACUCACUCAGGACGAGUUUGACCAAACUUGGUAUGGUGGGGUCGAUACUAUCAAGAUUGGAGUUCUCUUGCCUUUCGCCUCCAACGCACAGUUUCCAUACAUGACCCCUAUCUCCAGGAUUAACUUGAGCGUCGGAGGUGUUAUUGGAGACGUCCCUUCAGACCUCACGACAGCAGAGGCCAUCAUGACUUCCAGUGUGGGAGUCCCUCAAUGCUCUUUCGCUUCAUAUAACAUGGACACUACGGUGCUGUCGAACUUUGUGUACUUGUUUCGUACAGUGCCUGGAGUCACAAAGUACUUCGAGUCUCUAGCGCUGGUGGCAUUUUCGGCUGCGGCAGGCGAUGUUGAGGUGACGAGGUUUCCGAUACCGUUACCACAAGGCAAGGAUAUCCUCGAAACUGCCCGCAGUGUCAUCUGGAACGUCAAGAACUCGGAUACACGGAUCCAUAUCCUAGCAGCACCCCGCGCAGUACAAAUUCCUCUCUUGAAUGCCAUCAGAGACAUUGGAUUGUUUCAUCGCGACCAUGUGUGGAUGACUGCGAUCGAUCUGACAGACUCACUAAGUCGACUCUCCAAUCCUUCUGACUUUAAUGGAUUGAUCAUGGCCGAUGCGCUUUGGAAUAUGCCUGGCGAUCCGGAGUACGAUAGGUUCGUGACCAAUUGGGAGGCCCUGAACCCAAAGGAUUACCCAAUGUCGGGGUCGCCACAACUGACAUGGCACGAGACUUUUGCGUACACCUGCAUUCAAGUCUUCGCCGAGGCAUACAGAGAUCUGGUGGCAAAUGCUAUGGCAUUGACCAACACAACGGCACGAGAUCGGUUGUUGAAUGACAUCCGUCUAGGCAAGCGGAGCCAGGACCUGACGAUGAAGUUCUUGAGCGCGAGGAACUAUAGCACGCCUGUGGGCAAGUUUACAGUCUCUAAAGGAGGCGAAGCCCUCAAACUCUUUCAGAACAGUUCCAGUAUGCCGAAUGGUAGAGCCCUAGACGACAAGUUGGACAUUUUCAACGACGUUGUCUUCAAUGGCGGGUCCACUUCGCCUCCAUUCGAUGUACCGAGCUGGGAUGACUUGAGUCCGUCGAUUAGUUCUCUGUUUGGGAUCACGAUUGUCCUUCUGACGACUCUCUUGAUGCUGGCGAUCAUCAUCACGGCCAUUAUCGUCGUUGUCUUUCGCGAAAACAUCGUCAUCAAGUCUGCAAGUCCGCUGUUCUGCAUCCUCGAGCUGUUCGGGCUGGCAGUAACACUGUCAUGGAUUUACCUUCGAGUAGACCAACCAUCAGAAGCAACCUGUCGGAUGGGCCUGUUGCUUAUCGUUGCGGGCUUGUCGAUCAACCUUUCGGCGCUGGUGGUCAAGAACUAUCGGAUCUACCGGAUCUUUAACAGCGUCAGCGUUAUUAACCAUGCCGUCUCGAACCGCUACCUUCUCCGCGUCGUCACCAUCCCCGUUGUCAUCACCCUCAUCCCAUGUCUGAUCAGAUGCUUCUACAAGUACCUGACGCCCACAGUGAUCCGGACGAACGAGAACGAGUACUGGGUCAUCUGCGCGUCCCCGGACGCAUCGAGUUUCUGGGACAUUAUUGUGGGAGCCAUGCCUAUUAUCAUCAACAUCUUUGGGAUCUACUUGGCUUUCAAGACCCGGAAUGUCACGCGGCUCUGGAACGAGGCUCGGUCUAUCGCCAUCACCAUAUAUUUGGUGUCGUUCUUUGUGAUAAUAAUCGUCAUCGUCCAGUCGUUCCCGGUAUCGCUCUACAAAGUAACGUACCACGUCACACUCGUCUCCGUCUUCCUCGCAAGUCUGAUCGAGUACAUCAUCCUCUUCUACCCAAAGCUCCGGAACCUCUUCCUCCACCGGCGCGGGCUCCACGUUGCAGCUGGACGGGAUGAUGAUAGGAUGGAUAGUAUCCUUGGAGGUGUCUCUGCUACUCUUGGAGGUACUGCCGGGGCGAGGUUGAGUGCGACGACUUUGUUGGAUGGAGGUGGGGAUGAUGGUGGGGGCACUAGGUUUGUGGAGAGGCGGUUUGGAUCCGUGGCUGCUUUGUUGGGAGUUAGAGAUGGUGAUGGUGGAGGAGGAGGAGGAUCUGCGCAAGAUUUGACUUCAUCGGCGGAUAUGCAGCAGCAACAGGGCCACAAUAUCUCGGAUUUGGUCUCGUCGUAUCCGUUUGGGCAGCUCAAUAAUGAUGGCGUUGCGUUACCGAUGGUUUUUCCUGUUCAUGGACCCACCAUGUAUGAGCCUUCGUCGACACUUAUCAACCGUGGCGGCAGAAAAGCAGGUGCUGGUGGUAGUGAUCAGGAGGGUGUGAUUGACGACAUCAGACUAUCUGAUGCACACCGGGCUUCAGGUCGUUCCACAGGUGUCAAUGGAGGAGGUGCUACCAUUGCCUCCGACAAAGCAACAGCGGCGGCAGUUGCCGGUGGAGGCGGAGUCAUCCCACCUGCAAAGGGGUACGACACCUUUGUCCGGGACCUAACCGCAGAUAUCCGAAAUAACAAUCGGGACGCCACCCAACCUGCCGAUCUCCAUGACGCCCCCAUGGUUUCCUCCAACACCAAUGGGCGGUCGAACGAUGGGCUGUUAUCCGCCGUCAGUGGAGGCGGUGGAAGAUGGGGACAGGAUCUGUUGAUGUACGACUUUCUGGGCACGAGUGCAGCAGCGUCAGUUGGGGACGACCCGUACUCGAGGAGAAGUAGCGUGGUCGAGUAUGAUGCGCUGGGGAUGAUUCAUCGGCUGAGAACUGGGAACCGGAGUCCGAAGCUGUACCCGCUCCAGACUAACUACGCUAAUAUUAAUACUGGACCUUAUGGCCUUCAGUCCAGCAGACAUUCUCUCAAGGAGCGACGCACGGACUCGUACACGGUGACGGCGCCAGUACAGAGACAGCGGUGGUACGUGAUGCGGUUCCUGGCACAAUGGCGCAUGUCCAAGAUCAUCUUUGUGCCCUACUCCAAGCUUUUCGUCAUGGUCGACUUGGAGACAGAGAAAUCAGAGAGUUUGAUCGUCCACACGAUAGAGAAGGGAUACUCGACAUCAGACUACUGGACAACUACAGAGGAGGCUCAGCACAUCGACACAACAAUCUACCCCACCGAAGGGCUCAUGGCCCCUUCACCCUUGAAUGGAGGAGCACAGCUGCCGCCUAUUAAGUCCCUCCAUCUCUCCCCACAGCAGCAGCAACAGCAACAGCAGGGAGGGAGGUCUACGCUCUCGCCGUUAGCGCAUCCUCCAGCUCUACCAGGCGCAGAUGUGGCGACAGGAAGGGAACAGGCACAUAUUAAGCCGGUCCUGUCGUCGAACCAAGUCCAUCCCAACAUCUUGACCUCCCCACUCUCCUUGAACCCUAACACCAGCAACAGCCACAACAGCAACAGCGGUACGAACCAGGAGCCUCGACCGCAAUCGACAGGUCUGACGGCUCCGGAACUGUCGUACCAGAUGUUGGAAGAUACUGUGUUGAUGCCCCUGAAUGAUGGGUUCUUGAAGUCGCCUCCGUCCUCGAGUGCUCCUGUUCAGCCAACGGCGACGUCGGCAGGUGGGACGAUGUCUCCUUUGCGUAAUAUCCUUGCUGAAGGUGGUACCGGCGGCAGUGGCAGCGGCAACACGACGAUGGUCGAUUCUGUGGGUAGCGGGGUUGGAGUUGCGGCCAUAGGUACUGGAUCCGGAGCUGGUGCGGUGACGAAUACGAACAGGGUCACGAUUGCACCAGGCGCAACAGGAGGCGCCGCCAGCGCCGGAUCUGGAUCUGGACCAAGAUCCGGAGUAGUAGGGGAUGUGGAGGAAGGCGGAUCUAGUGGCGCCUUCCGUCGUCGAAUUGGGUCUAUCUCAGGGUUCAACAGCGGCGUCCGCCGCAUGUCCCAGUACCUUGGCUUCCCUGCCCGCAACCCUGUCGACCCCUCCAACAAUGGGAUGGGUGCUGGAGGAGGAGGGGAAGGAAGGAGUACUGAGGUGGAUGAUACCCAACCGGCGACCAAAGGAAUCGAACCGGGGAUUAUUAGUGAACAUAUCAUCCGAGUCAUUUCGAUUCAUAACGAGGUCUGGAGGGUUCAGUUGCCUGACCAGGAUACAAUGGACCGGUGGAUUGAGAUAGGACAGCAGAUCAAGGAUGAGAAUUGGAUUUCUCGCCCCUUCACGAUGAAGGAGAGAUUGGGGGAUACUAGUGGGAAGAAAUCUGGGGGCGGGAAUGGUAUGAAGAGGGGUAGUUCGAGCUCUGGAGACGGUUCUGGGGCAAGGGGCGGUGGAGGCGAGGCGAAUGAGAGUAGUCCGGAAGACAAGUAUGAGUUUGCACAACGCCCGCCUCGCCGGCCUGCUCAACAAAUGAUGCAACAGAUGAUGCAGCAGCGGUCGUCGUCCUUCCACCCUUUACAAACCGUGCCCACCAUCAUGACUUCGACUUCUUUGGGAGCAGGGUCACAUCUCGGUCACCAGCACCUGUUACAUCAGCCCGAACCGACCGUUACGAAGUCCUCCUACUUGUCUGGCAACAACCCUCUAAAUAGGCAUGACCCAAUGCGGUUCGAUAGCGACACGACAGAGACCAGCUAUGUCACCAGCACUUCUCAGGGCACGGAACGGAAGCAGAUCCGUGAACAGGCUGCGAGGAUUAAUCAAGAGGUGCGCGCUACUACCCGCUAUGUCCCUCCACUCUUCCGUGGGCUCCUCAAACAACAACAACAGCAGCAGCAGCCACCGUCAGCAACGAACAGUCCGCGUCUCAGUGCAAACGAUGGCUCGUUCUUGGGGCCUCCAGAGUCUGGGUCUCCACGUCCAAACUCGCUAGGCCACCGGUUCCGGAACAUACCCAGUUCAUUAUCAAUGGCACCCAUAUCCUCAGUCGGCCAGAAACGGUUCGGGGUUAUUCCUCAAACUUCCUCACGCCUGGGGGGAGAUCAACAACAAGGUCCUCUUAGCGUCCCGCCCGUCACCCCUUCCCGCCAUCGCCUCUCCGAAUCCUUUCUCCCCACCCCAUCCUCUCCAUCCUCUUCCACUGCCACCACCCCAGAAGUCUCUGGAGCAGAUCACCGGUCGUCAGAAGAGACGAAUAUCCGCGACAUCCUGGCAGAGACGAACGUUUCUUACGACCACGGCCAACACGCCGUCUACGAAGACCCUUUCCCGGGGCAUGAGCACCGCGGCUACAGACACUUCAACACCCUCCAGUACAACUACGACGCCCACCUCAACAACAACUCCAAAUCCUCCUCCUCCGCCGCCUCUGCCGCGGCCAUAGCCCACGCGCGACGGAGAAGGAUCUUGAUGGAGCAGCGGAGACGGCGGUCAGGCGGAACUGUAGGCUCUGUAGGGACCGGAACCAGUUUCAACGAAGCUGACGACAAGUUGGAUUUGGAUUUGGAUCUGGAGUUGGAGUUGGAUUUCGAGUAUUUGGUGAAUAACCAUCAUCGUGCCAUGGCGGCGGGGUCGUCGCCCGAGAGCCCGCAGUGGCAUAUGACGUCUGUCGAGUUGGUCAAAAUGGAGGCCGAGAACUUGAAGCGGAAUGGUCUUGCAAGUGGUGGCUCCGACGGUGGCUACGGAUUAAUGCCAGGAGGAGGAGGAGGAGGAGGAGGAGGAGGAGGAGGUGGUGGUGGAGGUGCGGAUGAUAACCGGUCAACGGGGAGUGGUGGGAGUUGUGCAAGCGCGGCAUCAGCCCACACAACCUCCGCACCCAGCCACUUUGUAUUCACCACCACAACCUCAUCCUCAGCACCAGCAUCCACAUUUCCAACAUCCAAGACCCUAACUCCAACCGGAGGUCCUCCAGGAAACCUCAACAGACCCCCUCUAGGCGGAACAAGGUUCUCCAGAUUAUCUCCAGGAGUUCCUGCAGUCUCGUCCUCAGACUUGACGAUGACGACGACGAGACCCGACCAAGAAGAGUUCCCCUGGCAACAACAGACCUCAACACCCCUCACGAACCCAGCCAUCAUCUACUCCCCGCCGCCGCCCGAACCUGGAGAUGACGAUUAUCAGAGCCCAGAACACGAGCAAGAGAAUUCCCAUCCCCGGGAUGAUGUUCCUCCAGCUCCAGCAGUAAGUGAAGGAAAUGGGAUGACAGCAGCAGCAGACGCAGGAGAAGACGCACCACCGCUGGGGCGGUUCCAAUUCCUCUCGCCCGCAAUCACGCACAUCCCUCAACCGGCGAUAGAAUCUUUCGACAGCCAUGGCAGCACUGAGGCUAUCAUCGCCUCUGAGCUGAACACACUUCCGCUAAAAAACCCUACUCGCGCCACUGACGCCUGA